GUAGCACGCGAGUUACCAUCUGUGGCAGCCUAAACUGAAGUGCAUUUGGUGAUAACCCAGUCAAUCCGAUUCACAUCAUCAACAGACUGUCAAUGUAAUGCAUCGAUGUCAAUAUAGGAAAUGUUCACAGCUGUGUCAAUAUCGAGGGUGGCCUCGACAAGUUCUCAUCAUGGCUUGACAACAUGUAGCAAAGUUUUGACGAAAAUCCUUAAAGCAGAUUGUGGGAUUCGUUGCUGUUCCUCUACCAACCUAUCCACAAACUUAUCCACAAUUCUCGGUGAAAUUCGUGUCUGUAGGAUAUUCCUGCUCGAUGGGAUUCAUAUGAGUUUGGUGAAUAGGCUGGUCAGUCUUGUCUAUUCUCCCUCUGGAGGUAUUCAUUCACAAGUCGGGCACGGUGGGGUCUUGCAUUAGUGUCCAUUACCAGGAAGUCCUAGCCUAUGGCACCAGCGUAAAGGUCACAAAGGGAUGAAGGAUCUCAUAUCAAUAUCUUUGAGCACCUACUGUCAUUCUGAAUAAUAUACAGGUCUGUGGCACCGACCGAACAGUAGCUCACCUCUUGACCAUAAAAUUGCAGAAGAAAUACGAUUUUCCUUCUCAACAAGGGUAAUUUGUAGAUAAUCUUGGGGCGUAGUUAUCUUUGGUCGUCCUGUUUUAGAUCUUUUCUUCACUGACCCAGUUGUCUGAUACCUCUCCCACAAUCUGAUUAUCACUCUAUGGCUGACGUCGAUCUUGACGUUUUCCCAGACCAGCUGCCAAUAAACUUAUGGUCCUACCCGUUUCUUCAGUAGAGACAUGGCGCCCACCAGGCAGUUUGCUUCUGUAAGUAUUGUACAAAUCAGGGAAGAUUAAUAGUGUGUGUUUUACACCACAACAUGUGGCAUUUAAGGCACGAAACAGUACACUAAGACUGUACACCAUGAAUCCCAUGCUGGGCAUUCCCUGUCACACCAUGCACAUAUAUCACAUAUCAUGUAACGUUACACAAGCAUGUUGAAGGGACAAAACUAUGGAUAUAUGGGCCAUUAUCAUAACUUUUUAUGCCAUUACUUAUGUCAGAAGAUAUAAGUGGUCCAUUGUUUUGUUGAGUAUACGUAGUAUGAUUUGGUCUUCUCACUUCAGAGCAGUAGCUUGUCUUACAAAUACCUCAUCACUGUGCAGGUAUAUACAAUAGUGAAGGUACUUUAUUGGAAUUCACAUGUAACAGAGUGUCAGGUUUUGUUUAGGUGUUGACAACAUGGGCCUCUUCUGGAGUAUGAAUCCUGUUCCUGGAGUGUCCCUUAAGCCAAUUCUCAGACAGGCAGACGUGACGACACCUCUGGUCUUCAGACUGUCUGUCAUGGAUGACCACAUCCCCUUUGCUGAUCUCCAGCUUCCUUCGUCAGUUGUUCUGGCAACAGGCGAGUUACAACGCUGGUACAAACACGAGACCGUCAGGAGAAUCUCUGUGCGCGUGGGUUCCUUGAGAGGAACUCUUUUCUUGCCUGAAGGUAAAGGACCCUUUCCUGGAGUGCUCGACAUGUUUGGUUGUACAGGUGGACUGGUGGAAUUCCGAGCUGCAUUGUUGGCUUCUAGAGGCUUUGCUUCCUUUGCUCUCGCCUAUUUUAAAUACGAUGAUCUUCCAUUCUCUUUGGCUGGCGUUGACUUUGACUACUUUCUUGAAGCUGUAGACUGGCUGGCUUCUCAUCCCUAUGUCCAGCCUGGAGGUAUCGGUGUGGUCGGUGUCGCCAAGGGAGGUGAACUGGCCUUCCUGCUUGGCAUGUCAACUAAUCAGGUGAAGGUUUUGGUGAAUAUCAGUGGCCCUCCAUUUCAUUCGUUCUCAGAUGUGAAGAAAUCAGGACAGAUUUAUUGGAAAGGGGUGAGGAUGGAUGCUACGAAACUGAAACACACAGAUGAAGGUGUUUACUUAAAAGACGCUGCUUGCUAUGACAAUGAGGUUAUUCCGGCAUGGAAGAAUAAUGCCCAAAUACUGUACCUUCUUGGUGACGAUGAUGGUACAUGGAAAACUGACCAUGCUAACAUAUUCAUGAAGACUUGCCCCAAAGAGAAAAGGAAGACCAUUGAAUUUGUCACCUAUCCAGGAGCAGGUCACCUCAUCGAACCUCCCUAUAUGCCUCUGUACAGAACGCUGUACCACCCAGUGCUUGGCAUGACAAUUGUGACGGGAGGACAUCCUGAAGCUCAUGCUGCCGCCCAGGAGGACGCUUGGAGAAGACUUCUCCACUUCCUUCAGAAACAUAUCGCGUAGAAACCUUUGACGUCUGACCUUUUCUGAUCGCACGAGGGAACUAAAUGUCGUUCUAAUAAAAGUUAUAAGAUACAAUAAAGUGGAGAUCAGAAAGAAAGUCACAGGAAAGUACACUGAAAAACUUCACAAAUUUGCCGAGGGAAAAAUCACAGGGGAAAUAUUACAACUAUUUUGAAUAGAAGAGUUUAGUGGUAGUUUCAUUGUAAAACAAAUUAAUGCUUUAUAAACCCUUAUUUAGAAGCCAGUUUCACAAGAAACAAUUAUCAAAGCCAAGUAUUCAAGUUGUGAGGCUAUUAGCAGCAAUAAUGUUAUGUUGUUUCACGUCAGAUCAACAAAUCCACAGGAACAUGGUGUUUGUAUAGCAUAUGGUAGGUACUAUUCAGUUAUCUAUUAUGAAAUAUUACUACCAAAAUCAGGUAGAUUAUACUCUCCUUAUUAGCUAAUUAACAAUUUUCUUGAAAAUGAUAUACUGAACAACAAAAGUUCCUGUGACAUUGAAUAAGAUUUAAUGCAAAUUUAUGUUUUCUACCAAAUCUGAAACAAUUUCGGUUUGCAACAGAUAAAAGAGUCCUGUAAGUGCUCAAAAGGUUUAAUUUGCCAUACUGCCUUCAGAAAAUGCGUGAUUUCAUAAAUAAAACAUGAACAUGCCAAAAUGUCAAUUUACAAAUCAAUAGCGUGUGUGUCCACCUCUGGUUGCGAUGCAGGCAACACAUCUUCGUCUCAUGGAAUGGACCAGGCGUUGCACAAAGUCAUGAAUGUAUGGAUGGAUGGAUGGAUGGUUGGAUGGAGUGUUAAACAGCAUGCUACCCCGUUAUCGGUGAUUAUAAAUCCCGCGCAUCUAGGGACGUGUCAACACACUACCUCCUCUUAAUAAAGUCAAGAAAGAUCAACUGGAUAUUCUUUUGGCUCCAAUGGUGAAAGCAUUUUAAGUU